AUGGGCGGGACUAUGGUUUGUUGGAUCAUGGCCGUAGGUCAUAACGAAAGUUGUGAAGAUUAUUUACCUAGGAAAUUACAUUUGUGUCAACGUGCUCUGGCUGAAGUAACUGAGAUGAUACGUACAAGUCAUUUGGUUCACAAGGGUCUAGUGAAUAUUCAACCUGGAGUUUACCCUGAAGCUGCAGAAAUGAACGACAUGACUUUCGGAAAUAAAAUAGCUUUGCUAAGUGGCGACUAUUUACUCGGUAACAGUUGUGCAGAGCUUGCUGCAUUGAGAAAUCAAGAUCUCGUAGAACUAAUGUCGAGUGCGGUUCGGGAUUUAGCUGAGGCGGAAUUUAUUGGCCGCAGAGACAGUCAAAAUAAUGCUUUGCCUUCAAUUCCUUCCGAAAACCGUACGAAUUAUGCUCUCAACGAGUGGACUACGCGAAAUGUUUUGAGUGCUGGUGCUCUUUUGGGAAAAUCGUGCCAAGGAUCUUUGAAAUUAGCUAUGCACGAUGAGGAAAUGCAACAACAGGGAUACAACUUUGGAAAACAUUUGGCUCUAGCUUGGCAAGCCUGUUUAGAUUUGGGUCCUUUCAUCAGUAAAGAUCAAACUAUGCCUUUUAGUUUGUGCUCUGCACCAGUGAUGUUCCAUAUUGAACACGAUCCUUCCAUUUUAAUUGAGAUUAACAAAGGUCUUGACUCCGUCCAAAAUGUAGAUUAUGCCAAGGUAUAUGACAUGGUAAUAACCGGACCUGGAAUAGAAUUGACAAAGCAGUUACAAAAAGAGCAUUCACAACGAGCAAUGGAAGUUCUGAGUGCUUUCCAAGAGAGCGACGCAAGGACAGCACUUUCAAACAUAAUCGCGGCUAUGAGAGACUUUUGACGAAACGAACAUCUCCAGGAUGAAGAUAAAGUAUCUGAAAACAGAGCAUUGGCCUCAUACGUCGCCAAAAUUCAGGAAUCAGAAAGAAAACAAUAAACAUCAAUCUUUUUAUAAUUAGAUGAUUAGAUUGUUAUUUAUUAAAAUUUGCGUAAUGUUUAUGUCGGUUUGCAUUUAAAAAUUCUAUUUUUAAAUAAUAAAUACUACUGCUAUUAGUAAAAAUAGGCUAAACAAUUACCGCAGGAUUCCCGCGGGAGCGACUGCUAUUUAUGACACUGGCUACCAUUAGAAUCCAUGCAUAUAUACAUACAUGCACACACACACACAUAUUAGGGUGGCCCAACAAUGACAAUAUGGCAAUAUUUGCAGGCUCAUUGUAAGCCUCCGAUAUACUUGUGUAACCUGAUAUUUUGAAGAGACAUUUUUUAAACUAUUGAAAACAGAUUUCUGAAAAAAUGAAUAAACGUUUAAUUUAAUUGAGAAAA